AUGGGGGAGAUUGACUCGCAGCUUGUCCCGGCAAAGAGGCGGCGCAUCACAAAGGAGCGGACCGAGCUAGAGGUGCUUUUGGCCGAGGAAGUCAGCCCGCCAGAUUUCGGCGGUCGCCUGGCCAGCAUGCUUUGGGACGUGCAGGUUCAACACUCCUUUGCCGUAGAGUACAUCCACCUCUUCUUUGGGGUAGGCCAUGUUCCGCUGGAGAGACGGACUCGGCGCGUCGUGACGCCGGAGAUGUACUCUCUGCUUCGCUGCUCACGCUCGAUGCGGCGCAGCCUCAUUGCAGCCGUCGAGGCGCGGCGGUUGACCCUAGAGCCCGAUGCCAGCGAUGAUGAGACGAGUUUGGUGGACGAGCUUUGCAACGCUUUGAGGUACAAGUACCCUGCAAGCUGGGCGUCGGUAGCUGGCCGACAGCCGCCACCCACUGACAAGCCAGCGCCGAUCACGCUCUGA